UGGGUGCCUCCGCCUCGUAGGCCUUUUUACCCCGCUGCAUUGUGGGAGUUUGACCUUCACCGCCACCGAGAAGACACGAUCGGAGACGCCAUGGGAACUUCCACGGAUGAUGAAGUCAUACGGAAGCGUCUCCUAAUUGAUGGAGAUGGAGCAGGUGACGAUCGGAGAAUUAAUCUGCUAGUGAAAAGUUUUGUUAAGUGGUGCAACUCUGGAUCCCACGAAGAAGGAUAUGGCCAGUACCAACGUAUGCUCAGCACCUUGUCUCAAUGUGAAUUUUCAAUGGGCAAAACUUUGCUGGUGUAUGAUAUGAAUCUCAGAGAAAUGGAAAAUUAUGAAAAGAUUUACAAAGAAAUAGAAGGUAACAUUGCUGAAGCACAUAAAAAAAUUGCUGAGUGCAAAAAGGAGAUUCUUCAAGCAAAAAGAAUACGGAAGAAUCGCCAAGAAUAUGAUGCUUUGGCAAAAGUGAUCCAGCGUCAUCCAGACAGGCAUCAGACAUUAAAGGAACUAGAGGCUCUGGGAAAAGAAUUAGAACAUCUUUCACAUAUUAAAGAAAGUGUUGAAGACAAGCUGGAAUUGAGACGGAAGCAGUUUCAUGUUCUUCUCAGUACUAUCCAUGAACUUCAGCAAACAUUGGAAAGUGAUGAAAAGCUCUCUGAGGGAGAAGAAGGUGAAGAGACUUUCAUGGAUAUAGAACCUAAGUCAUAGACAGGCUAGUCAUUCAUUCCCAAGGAUAUUAAAAUAGUUACAUGACUGGUGUAUGUAGAAUAUAUAUUCUUGAAAUAUUUAGUUUUGGCAGUGAAAUAUUUUGCUUUUUUUGUCGGUUGUGGGGCUUGAACUCUGAGCCUGGCCACUGUCCCUGAGCUCUUCGGCCACUGUCCCUGAGCUCUUCAGCUCAA